UCCGUACGAGUUAAGAUUUCGUCUUUCUCCUGCUCAGAGUCUAUUUGAUCAAAUUUAAACCACCCAAUUCAAUUCACCUCUCCGAACCACGUUUCAACGAGAUAAAUAAUUUUAGAAUGUCUAUAGAUCCAAUUAAGAGGGCGGCGUCACGGGCAAGACAGAAAAAAGCAGCGGGAUAAGAGGGCGGCGUCACUGGAACUAAAACCUUGUUCCGGACAUUGAUUUUUAGCUUUUUCCAUCACCCAUCAAUUAAAGCCAAAAUUCCAACAAAUCACGAUACGUGCUUCUCUCUCACUGGACCGUCACGCUACUUCUGCGGUGACCGCCGUGCUUAGACCCUCAAAACCAUUUUGAGACGCGGAAGAAAUCUGUGAAGUUUUCACACCCAGAGAAUAAAGAAGAAGAUGACUCUGGGCCUGAUCAAUGCGAACCCGGUGGUUCACGCUAAGAAAGAGCGGAUCGCUCGCUCCGAGGAUCUUCACGCCGACGAUGCCGUUGAUCCUCUCGAAAUCUAUGAUUUCGUGAGGGAUAUUAGAGAUCCGGAACAUCCGUAUUCGUUAGAGCAGCUAAGUGUUCUCUCAGAGGAAUCCAUCACCGUCGAUGAGAAACUCGGGCGUAUCCUGAUAACUUUCACUCCGACUAUCCAACAUUGUAGCAUGGCGACUGUGAUUGGUCUCUGUCUGAGAGUGAAACUUAAACAUUUCUUCCCCCCACAUUACAAGGUUGACAUCAAAGUAUCUCCAGGAUCCCACGCAAAUGAAGAAUCAGUCAAUAAGCAGCUAAAUGAUAAAGAAAGAGUAGCAGCUGCAUUGGAAAAUCCAAAUCUGCGUCAGCUUGUAGAUGAAUGCCUGUAUUCCAGUGAGCUCUGAUCAAAUCAAAUAUCAUCAUAUUCAUACAGGGGAAGAAGAAAAUAGGUAUUUGUGAAUGUAAUGAAGUAUAUAUAUGGUUUUGUUUGCUUUUGAAUUUUUCUGGUGCUCACUCUCUUUUAAUGAAAUCCUUCAUUGGCUGCAGAAAGUUAAGUUCAA